GGAGGAUUUAAGAUUGGGUUUUUUGCAAUUGUUCAGUGCUGUUGACAUUCCUUUAAUGUGCUUGAUGAAAGGGGAAAAGCCAGAAACGGUCUUGGAGUGCGCUGAGCAAGUGCUGCUGUGAGUAAGAAGAUAAGAAAGCCUGGACUUUAUAGAAUAGCUUCUACUUCUCGUCUAAAGAUCCCGUGAAAGAAAAUCCAACAAAAGGUAGCGCGCAGCGAGGGAGUUUAGGAUCCUAGCUGCAUUGCUACAAUCCUAGCUGCGAAGCUACACGCUUCUCUGAAUAACUCGUCUGCAGCAACAUGGAGAGAUCAAAGACCACCUUGCAACAUCAACUGCCUUAAUGACCAGUGAUGAAGCUCAUCCUGUGACUCCUGGAAAGAUGAGCCAACGCCAGGGGAAAGAGGGGCAUCCUAUCCAGACUAAAGAGCUUCUACAGCCCAGCGCACUGAGCCCGGGGGUCAGCUACAGCAUUGGUUUCGAUAGGGGAAAGGAUGACGUUUUACAGCCCAAAGAGGACUCUGCCCUUUCCAUGUCUAAAAGCAAGUCUGAAUCAAAGCUCUACAAUGGUUCUGACAAGGAGGUUUCAUCCACAGAGAGCAAACUUACGAAGAAGGAGUCUCUUAAAGUACAGAAGAAAAAUUACAGAGAAGAAAAGAAGAGGGCGACUAAGGAGUUACUCAGCACCAUCACAGACCCCUCGGUGAUUGUCAUGGCAGACUGGCUGAAGAUCCGGGGAACGCUGAAGAGCUGGACGAAGCUGUGGUGUGUGCUGAAGCCGGGCGUGCUGCUGAUCUACAAGACUUUGAAGAACGGACAGUGGGUCGGCACGGUGCUGCUCAAUGCCUGCGAGCUCAUUGAGCGCCCCUCCAAGAAGGACGGCUUCUGCUUCAAGUUGUUCCAUCCCCUGGAGCAGUCCAUCUGGGCCGUCAAGGGUCCAAAAGGGGAAGCUGUAGGAUCCAUCACUCAGCCUUUACCCAGCAGUUACCUGAUCUUCCGGGCUGCUUCCGAGUCAGAUGGCAGAUGCUGGCUGGAUGCACUGGAGCUGGCGCUGAAAUGCUCAAGCCUCCUGAAGCGCACCAUGAUCAGGGAAGGCAAGGAGCUCGAAGUGGGGUCCUCAGGAGAGCACUCCCAGGUCAACUUCUACAGCCUGCUGCGAGCCAGCAACCUGCAAGGACCCGAUAGCUUCACCUUCAAUGACAGUGAAAUCGAGACGCAGCACUUCAGGGACCACGACCUUUACUCAGACAAGUCGGACCGGGAGAACGAGCAGGACCACGAGGAAUCGGACAAUGACGGGCUGGAGAAGAGCGAGGAGAGCGACACAGAUACUUCGGAGCGGCAGGACGACUCUUACCUGGAACCCGAGCCCAUCGAGGUGCUUCGUGAGACCACCUACCUGGAGCAGUCUCGCGAGGAGCUGGGGGAGGCUGGGGAAGCCUCUCAGACAGAGACAGUGUCCGAGGAGAACAAGAGCCUGAUCUGGACGUUACUGAAGCAGGUGCGUCCAGGGAUGGACCUGUCCAAGGUGGUGUUGCCUACAUUCAUCCUAGAGCCUCGAUCCUUCCUGGACAAGCUCUCCGAUUACUACUAUCACGCCGACUUCCUCUCUGAGGCUGCUGUUGAAGAAAAUGCCUACAAUCGACUGAAGAAGGUUGUGAAAUGGUACCUGUCAGGAUUUUACAAAAAGCCACAGGGACUGAAGAAACCUUACAAUCCAAUUCUUGGUGAAACAUUCAGAUGUUUGUGGAUUCAUCCCCAGACAAACAGCAAGACGUUUUACAUUUCUGAACAGGUGUCCCAUCAUCCGCCAGUGUCUGCCUUCUAUGUAAGUAAUAGAAAAGAUGGGUUUUGCCUCAGUGGUAGCAUCCUGGCCAAAUCAAAGUUUUACGGUAACUCAUUAUCUGCCAUACUGGACGGAGAAGCCAGACUAACUUUCCUGAACAGGGGAGAGGAUUAUGUGAUGAAUAUGCCGUAUGCUCAUUGCAAAGGAAUUCUUUAUGGUACAUUGACUCUGGAGCUUGGAGGGCAGAUAAACAUCAUGUGUGAGAAAACGGGAUACAGCGCUUUGCUUGAAUUCAAACUAAAGCCGUUUCUAGGCAACAACGACAGUGUUAACCAAAUAUCUGGAAAAAUCAAACUUGGCAAGGAAGUACUGGCUACUUUGGAGGGCCACUGGGACAGUGAGGUCAUCAUCCACGAUAAAAAGACCGGAAUCUCCGACACGUUCUGGAAUCCGACUCCUGAGCUGAGGCAGAGCCGGCUGACGAGGUGCACCGUGGUGACCGAGGAGCAAGAGGACUGGGAAUCGGAAAAACUGUGGCAGCACGUUACCCAAGCCAUCCAUAACAAAGACCAGGUGGAAGCCACCAACGAGAAGUACAUCCUGGAGGAAGCGCAGAGGAAGGCGACCCGGGAGAGGAAAGCCAAGUGCGAGGAGUGGAAAUGCAGGCUGUUUGAGCAGGACCCCAUCACAGGAGAGUGGCAGUAUAGAUAUGCAGAUACCCGACCUUGGGAUCCUCUGAAUGAUAUGGUACAGUUUGAGAAAGAGGGUUGGAUCCAGACAAAAGUCAGGCACCGCACACCUAUGGUACGUUCUGGGAGUGUAAUUAGUCUCAGUAACCAGGGGGCAAGGCGGGACAAUUGCAAAUGCCAGGUCACUGUUCCUAAAAGAAAGCGCAAGCAAACUGAUCAGCCGGAAAGUGUGGAGAGUGGCGGCUCCUCCCCCGAACCUGAUCAACGUGAUUCUUCAGGCAAUGAAAGACACAAAAUAAAGCACAGUGCAAGGUUAAGGAAAAAAGGUGCCGACCUCAAUGACCUUCAAAGUGCCAUUGACUCUAUUAAACACACCCAAGAGGAAAUUAAUAGAAGCAUCACUGCUCUCCGAAGUCGUGCCCUUGCAGGCCAGCCUCCACCAGAGAGCAAUUUCCUGCAGCAGAGGGAUUACAUCAUCAUCUUCCUCCUCAUCUUCGUCCAGAUCUUCAUGAACUUCAUGUUCAAGUAGCCAGGCUGCUCCAAACCUGAGCUGGAGAGAAAGGAGGAAUAGAUGCCGGAGGAGAUGUGGGGAGAAGCAGAAGGACUUGUCUGUGGCAGUGCUGUCCUUUCCACUAACAGCUCCUGAGAAGACAAUAAGAAUUCUGUAAAUUAGUACAGGGAACCAAAAUGGGGGGGAAAGGUAUUAUUUAUAGGUAAUGUACAAUUUGCUGUCAAGACAGGCAAAUACAAUAAUGAUUGUGGAUCCUUCAGUUUAUUACUGACAUAUCUCUAAGAUCCUGUGUGGGGGAAAAUGAAUUAAAAGUACACCACCUGGUCACUUGCAGAUUGUUGAGUAAGACAUGUAAGAAACAAAGUCAACUGGACAAACAAUUCAGGUAACGCCUUCAUUACAGAAACAGAGUGUUCUGGAUCUCACCAGAUUCCAGUGCACUAGGACUGAACAGUGCUGAAGGAAGCUGGCCAAGAACAAGGGCAACACUUUGUAUGUAGCAUAAUUCCAACCUGCCCCUUAAAUCUUCUUUAGGAUGGAUAAUGGCAGUGUCAGUACAUACCAAAUAUGAAGUCAUGUGCCUAAUGUGAUGGGGCUUGAUAAACUGGCUUUCAAUACACAGCAGAACCUCAGAGUUAGGGACCCCAUACUUACAAACUGGCCAGUCAACCUCAAACUACUUGAGAUCAGACACAUGACUCCUGGCUGCUGUAAAAGACAUAAAGAUCAGACAGUUAAACACAGGCCUCCUGGUUUACAUUUUUGUUGUUAUUCCUCAAAUUAAAUCUGUAGGCCUUGCACAUAUAUUAAAUCACUGGAAAUGUUACAGACACUUCAGACUCAUAAACAGCCUCUAUUCAUGAUCUGUUUGGAACAUGGCGGUUCUACUGUAGUCUGGAAAACAAGACAAUUUACAGCAGCGCAGUAAGGAACUUGUGAGAGUUAAGCACAUGUUUUUUAAACCACUUGGUCAUUAGCUCUCCAGAGCUGCAUAUUUUCCCUAACAUGUAUUUUGAAUGUCAGAAUAAUCCUUUUGAGAUCAGUUUGGUACACCGUUUGAGAAGAAAAAGGAAAGCAAUCUGAAAAGGGUGCUUUUUUAAUCAGUUCUUAGGUAAUGCUGGGUGUUUCUGUAACACAGAUAAGUAGAAAUGGAAAUAUAUUGAAAUGUAUGGAAAUGCAGGCCUGCAGGACAACAAAUUGUUUCUAAUUUAGCAGCUACUAGAAAGCACUCCUUGCAUUGUACAUAACUUAUAGACACAUAA